CAAAACGAACGCUCGUCUGCAGCACUUAUCUUCAUGGGAUAAAUCUCGCUGCUGGCCGCCGCAGUCUGUUUUCAAUACGGGCGUAAAGCGGUCGUCGAGCACGGUUAAAAGCAAAACAAAGCAAGAAAAAUACCAAAUAACAGCCAAGAGAAAAAAAACAGCCAACAACAACAGCCAAAAAAAUACCGAAAAUAUUCAAAAAAUAUUCCAAAAAAAUUUCAAACCAAAAAACUAAAUAAUAUACCAUAAAAACAUUAGGUCAAUGUACAAAAUAUAACCACAAAAAUUAGAAAAAGUAAAAAAUAAACACCUAACAAGCGGCAAAUGCAAAAGGAGUUAAACCCCUAAAGUGCGCAGAGGCCGAAAGAAAGACGUGAAAACAAACGACAAACAAAUUCAAAAUUAAUUUGCAUUGAAUAACAAAGGAAACGCUUCGGUUUCAAUUUCAAUUUCAGCCAAGGAUAAAGCGCAAACCCUUAGACAACAACAAAAAAAAUAAAAUAGAAAAAACUGAUACAAAAGAGAAGCCAAAUGAGGGAAAAUGAAGUGCCAAAGUGUUGAAAAUAAAGCGAAAGCCAAGAGACGAAAUUGAAAACGAGUAGAAAAGGUUUUUUCCGUUCCGUUAUUGCUCGGUAAAGCGCGUUCGCUUCCGUUUCGUUCCGUUGCGUUUCGUUUCGCUGCGUUCCGUUCCGUUUCGUCUCGUUUCGUUCCGUUAUCGUUAUCGAUUGCAACCCUGCCGUUACCGUUACCGUUUCGCUCGGCAGACAUUUAAAUGGCUACCAGCUGCUGCUUAUGAUGGAGACAUUCCUCGUCCUCGGCCUGUGUUUCAUCCUGUACGAGGCAUUGGAUUUCUUUCAGGGCUGCAUUCACAGUAAUACCCCAUCGCCCAGCGAUCAAAUCGAAGCCUAUCGCCGCGAACUCGACGAACAGCGCCAGCAGCAGCAGCAGGAACAAUUUCUAGCCGGAUUGACGCCAUUACUGGGCGCUCAAUUUGCCGCUGCCGCCGCAGCCGCGGCCGCUGCCGCCGGUUCGCAGUCGACGUUGGGCAGCACGACCACGCCCACCGCCUCCACGGCCAGUGUUAUAAGUGAUUCAUACGAUCAGGAAUCGCAAUCACAAUCGCAAUCCCAAUCGCAAUCGCAAUCGAAUCAAAAUCAACAGCAUUCGUUGAGCACUCCCGGUCUAUUUCGUCCCGCUGCCUUGGGCUAUUACGAUCCAGAGGAUCCAUUGCAUGCCACAAAUUCCUUGCCCCGUGACUUUUACUAUCUGCAGCAACAGCAGCUAAAGAAUAAGGUCAGCUCAAGAUCGUUACUCUCCAAGUUCUCGUCGACCAACUCGGAUAAUCGUAUACAUCCCGAGGCGGGAGCUAAUUCGGGUCACCAUCAUAGUGUCCUGGGAACAGCGGCGGUUAUAACCAGUCAACCGUUGCCUUCGGGCGGUGAGAUACCUUCCAGUCUCUUCGAUCAGCCAGGACAACCGGCUGUGGUGGUGCCACCACUGCAACUGCAACCCUCAUCACCACUCUUUGUGGAGCUGAAGAGGGCCAUUAUAAGUCAGAAUCCCAAUCAGAAUCAGAAUCAAUAUAGGAAUCAACCAAAACAGGAAGCCGAAGAAUCACAGUGUCCACAGUGCGAAGAAGAGCAGAUACAAUAUUUAGCCGAGAAUCUAGACGAUCUUGUAGAAUCCGAAGAGCAGCAGUAUUCUCCAGGUGAGGAAGAAGAGGACGACGACGACGAGGAGGAGGAGGACGAGGACGACGAGGAUCGGGAGGAGCAGCAUUCGUACGUGGGAGGUGCCACCAGUGAACCGGAUAUUUGUACUGCCACACGACAGCAGCAACAGCAUCAUCAACAGCAGUUGGCCAGGAUACAUCACAUCGCCAUCGACGACAUUGCAACUGGACAGGAUCUACACCAUCAUCAUCUCAGCAUUUCGGGACAAACGACGUUGGGCGCCAAUUCGCACGCCGACUUCAGGGAAAUCGAGUGCGAGCGACUGCGACGCAACUGCGAAACCACUCAACACAAUCGCACACGUGUGGUGUCCGAAGAGUACUAUUGAGUAAAAUGUGCGCUGUUGACAGACUAAGAAAAACAAUAACCACAACCAGAAAAACCAAACAACUCGAGUGCAACUAAACGACAACAAAAAAAAAAA